AUGCCAGCCCCAACCGUUCCGCCAUUCCUCCUUCCGAGAGGCCUACCUACCGCCCGCACCCUACGCACCCUGCAGCAGCAGCAACGCGCCAUCAACAAUGCCCGCUGCUUCACCUCGAGCAGCCCAGCAUCAGCCAAAAAAUCCGACAAAGGCCGCACCCUAGCCCAACCAGACAAGUUUCGGCCCCCAUCCCAUCCAGCCCGCCUGGUCGCGGCGCGCACCUCGCCAACAGGGCAACCAAUCAAUUAUGGGCCCCGCCUGACGGAAGCACAACGCGAAGCCCAAAAGACAAAGCAAUACCCCAACAUGUUCCCGCCGGAGGGAACAGUCAUGUUCAAGUUCCUCACGAGUCGUUGGAUCCACGUAUGGAUCGCCAUGUCCAUCUUGACCUCGCUCGCGGUCUUUGUCUUUUCUACGAACUUCAAAGCCAGGUCGCCCUUUGCGCACCUGCUUCCGGCGUGGUCGGGUCUUUUCUCGCAUCCUAUUGAUACCGUUUCGCAAUUCUUGCAGGUGUGGAGGAUGGACGUGCAGCAUAAUUCGCUGCGUGUGAGGGAGCAGAGACAUCGGAGGAUCGAGGAUGCGGAGAAGAGGAGGCAGUAUCGUGUUGCGCAUGGGCUAGAGGAGCCGAAUGAGUCGGAUAAGAAGGCACAGGAAGGAAAGGACGGGAAGGUGGUGGAGGUGGAUGAUCAGAGCCCUGUCGCUGUGGGUGAAGGCGAGUUUGUGGAUUGGGAGGGAAAGAGGAAGCCUGUUAAGAAGUGGCUUGGAAUUUGGUGA